AGAAAAUACUGUACCCGAUUAGCGAUCUUAGUCAAAUGACUCUGCAGAGCGCAGAUCUCGAUGUGCCGUUGGUAGCACAUGCGGGCAUCUCCACAUUGUCAGUGACAGGACAAAAACCAAACUACGGCCGAGUAAGAUCAGCAUCUAAUCUUGGAUAUUAGGCUCCGCAUUCUCAAGGUGCGUCAAUCCUGACGCUAUGUACUGAUGUUCGCAUCCUCUACGGUGCGUCAAUCCUGACGCCACGCACCGACGACGCCGGCCGGCCGGCCUCUGCCGGCUUGGGUGUCGACGCCACCAAUCAACACAAAGACGCGGCCUCUGCCGGCUUGGAUCUGUCGACGUUCUUUAAAUCACUCGCUGACUCUGCUAGCUAGCCUCCUCAGCCUCUCAUCGGAUCCUCUGAGCCAGGAGCCCACGAUGUCGACCGAUGAAGAAGUGAAGGCGGAGGCGGCGGCGGCGCACUUCGUGUUCGUCCCGCUAAUGGCCCAGGGGCACAUCAUCCCCGCCGUCGACACCGCGCUGCUGCUGGCCACUCAAGGCGCGCUCUGCACCAUCGUCGCCACGCCGUCCACGGCGGCGCGGGUGCGCCCCACCGUCGAAUCCGCCCGGCGCUCCGGCCUGCCAGUCAGCCUCGUCGACUUCCCGCUCGACUACGCCGCGGUCGGCCUGCCCGACGGGGUUCCAGGCGGGGCGGACAACAUGGACAACCUCCCCCCGGAGUACAUGCUGGCCUACUUCUCCGCCGUCGCGCUCCUCCGGGGGCCGAUCGAGGCCCACCUCCGCGACCGCGCGCCCCGGCCACCGACAUGCAUCGUGUCCGACUUCUGCCACCCGUGGACCGUGGAGCUCGCGGCCAGCCUCGGCGUCCCCCGGCUCAGCUUCUUCAGCAUGUGCGCCUUCUGCGUCCUCUGCCAGCACAACGUCGAGAGGUUCAACGCCUACGACGGCGUGCUCGACUACAACCACCCGGUCGUCGUGCCGGGGCUGGAGAAGCGGUUCGAGGUGACGAGGGCGCAGGCCCCCGGCUUCUUCCGGGGCUGGCCCGGGUGGGAGAAGUUCGCCGACGACGUGGAGCGCGCGCGGGCCGAGGCCGACGGCGUCGUCAUGAACACCUUCGUGGAGAUGGAGCCCGAGUACGUCGCCGGCUACGCGGCCGCGAGGGCGAUGAAGGUGUGGACCGUGGGGCCGGUGUCUCUCUACCACCAACACGCCGCAACGCUGGCGGCGAGAGGGAACACCGCGGCAAUCGACACCGACGACUGCGUCCGGUGGCUCGACGACAGGGAGCCCGGCUCCGUGGUCUACGUCAGCUUCGGCAGCAUCGCGCACGCGGACCCGAAGCAGAUCUCGGAGCUCGGCCUGGGGCUGGAGGCGUCGGGCUACCCUUUCAUCUGGGUGGUCAAGGACGCCGGCCGCCACGACGAGGCCGCGCUCGCCUUCCUCCGCGAGCUCGAGGAGCGCGUCGCGGGGCGUGGACUGCUCGUCUGGGGGUGGGCGCCGCAGGCGCUCAUCCUGUCGCACCGCGCGGCGGGCGCGUUCGUGACGCACUGCGGCUGGAACUCGACGCUGGAGGCGGUCGCGGCGGGGCUGCCGGUGGUGACGUGGCCGCACUUCACGGACCAGUUCCUGAACGAGAAGAUGGCGGUGGAGGUGCUGGGGAUCGGCGUCAGCGUCGGGGUGAAGGAGCCAGUGAUGUACCGGAUGGAUGAGAAGGAUAUCGUGGUUGGGAGGGAGACGGUGGAGGCCGCGGUGAGGAGCGCCAUGGACGGCGGGGAGGAUGGCGAGGAGAGGCGCUGCAAGGCCCGUGCGCUCGCGGUGAAAGCGAGGGCGGCCAUGCGGGAGGGGGGCUCGUCGCACGCCAACAUCCGCGAUCUGGCCAAGAGUUUCCAGGUGGGCGCCACACAAGAUACCCCCGAGUGAUACCUGCGGAGUGUGUUUAUAGCAUGUAGCUGUCGAGCUACCGAGAGCCUAAAAUGCCGUUCCAAUCAAGGUUUUAAGACAUUGAAAACUUGUACACUACAUUUGAUCUAUUUUUGUACUAUUUUUUAUCAAUGUGGAACGGUGGAAGGCUUUAGCAGAA